AUGCGAUGCGCAAGCAAGGCCUCCGAGAUCGCGUCGGCACGUCUCUGUGCGGACGCCGAAGCAGAAACCACAGCAACUGAUGUCUCAUCGGUUGCUGAAGCGACUAACCAUGUGUCACUUGGUGAUGCAGGCGCUGGUCAUGAAGACACUCAUGUCUUCACAGAGUAUGAGCUCGGUGUCUCAUACUCUCCUGAUACGGAUGACGGAUCCGUAUCGAAGGCGAUUGAAUCCAAGCCGCCUGCCAAGCGUGGCAUGGAUGAUGCUAUGCGUCGUAGCAUCUUUGGUUCAUCUGAUGAGUCAGAUGAACCAUCGCCGAAGCGAAGGCGCUCAAGGUCGCGAGAAUCGGGCGAUAACAGUGAUGUCGGUUCUCCUACUGACACCGCUUCGCAGCGAGGUGCCAGUACUUCUGUCGGCACUUCGCAUGAAGAGCGGGACCGCAAUGUGUUGCGUCUCGCUCCCGAGAAGAAGGCAUGGAUGCCUCCUAAAUCUGUCAUGGAUCACUUGUCGGCGACGACGAGUGAUCGUUAUCGAACACGAUUGUUCGAUUCGUCAAGGAUUCAUCACCUUGACCCCAGCGCGAAAAACUAUCGCGCUGAACAUGAAUUCUUCAUCGAUGCUUUCUUUAGACAUCGAUGGUACAGUGGGGAUCACAAGCGUGAUGGUCCCUCACUACUUCAAGCGUGGAACGCCUACAUCCAUAACCUUGAGGAUGUAGGUCGUUACGCUUGGAACGACAAACUUAUCAAAGCUCGUGAUAAGUUUGAAAAGCGAACUCCGACUGGUGCACGCUACAAGCUGCAUCGUCUGUUCAGGGAGAAAGGAUUACCCUGCCUCUCUUGGGGAGACUCGUGCCCGUGUUGUGUGAACAACUCUGCACGAGCCUCUAACGAGGCUUACCUCCUUACUAGCCCGUGGUGGCGCGUACGUAUCUCUACUGAGAUGUACGAAGGGAUUGACAACCUGAAAUCCCUUUACGACCGUGCCGGGAAGACUUUCUCCGGCGGUCCUUCUGCGGCACAGGAUGUGCCGCGUCGUACUGCUCAACCAGACCCAGUACGUCAACCAUCAGUUGGGAGCGGGGCUCCCAAGUAUCCCAGGACGGGGGAUAGCCGCGCCACCGGACGGGACAACUCGUCCGACGUCCGUUCACAUCGCGGUGGUUCAACAGCUGCUCAUUUAGAUAACGCUGGCCACCGCGAGAGUCCUCUAAUGGAGGUGAAGGAGGAGGGAAGACGCUAUCCACACAAUCGUGGGGGAGCAUGUGCCCCGAGAGCUUCUUUGAUCGCGUAA